AUGACGCACCAGUUUGCCGCCUUGUCCGAAGCUCAGAAGAAGGAGCUCCACGAAACGGCCAUGCGUAUUGUCUCUCCGGGGAAAGGCAUCCUAGCUGCGGAUGAGUCAGUAGGUACCAUGGCCAAGCGUCUGGCCCAGGUUGGCGUGGAGAACACUGAGGAGAACCGCCGUCAGUUCCGUCAAAUCCUGUUCAGCGCCGACGAGCGCGUCAACGGCUGCAUCGGCGGCGUCAUCUUCUUCCACGAGACGCUCUACCAGCACUCGGACGGCGGGGUCGGCUUUGUCAAGAUGAUCCGAGACAAAGGCAUCCUGGUCGGCGUUAAGGUUGACAAGGGUGUUGUUCCUCUGGCAGGAACCUGCGGAGAAACCACCACCCAGGGGCUGGACGGCUUGUCAGAGCGCUGUGCCCAGUAUAAAAAAGACGGCGCCUCCUUUGCUAAGUGGCGCUGCGUGAUGAAGAUCAGCGAUGCCAACCCAUCCAAGCUGGCCAUCCGUGAGAAUGCCAACGUUAUGGCUCGCUAUGCCAGCAUCUGCCAGCAGCAAGGCAUGGUGCCCGUCAUCGAGCCUGAGCUGUUACCCGACGGAGACCACGACCUGAAACGCUGCCAGUACGUCACGGAGAAGGUGCUGACGGCGGUUUACCAAGCCAUGUCGGACCAUCAUGUGUACCUGGAGGGCACAUUGCUCAAACCCAACAUGGUCACCCCGGGACACGGCUGCAGCAAAAAGUACAGCCCGGAGGACAUCGCCAUGGCAACCCUCACCGCCCUGCGCCGCACCGUUCCUCCGGCGGUGACAGGCGUGGCCUUCCUCUCGGGUGGCCAGAGCGAAGAGGAGGCGUCCGUGCACCUGAACGCCAUCAACAACUGCCCCCUGACCAAACCCUGGACCCUCACCUUCUCCUUUGGCCGCGCCCUUCAAGCUUCGGCGCUGCGGGCCUGGCGUGGACACAAAGAGAACGAAAAGGCCGCCAUGGAGCAGUUUAUCAAGAGGGCCGAGGUCAAUAGUUUGGCCUGUCGAGGAAAGUACAAGGGUGCCGACAACUACGCCGAUUCUGCGCAUGGCGUCUACGGAUCCUGUUACUCGUACUAAACACGAUCAUGAAGCUGAGAACAUCGCCAUACGAGUGGGAAUAGAUAUAGUGAUAUAGACAGGUGAUUUAGCACCACAUAGCAAUCGUACUAUACUUGAAAAAAAUAUAUUAUUUGUCUUCACAACAAAAACAAAGA